AUGGUUUAAGAGUAGGUAUCAAAUUAUAUAAAAUAGACAUUGUAACAAAGUCAAAAAAUAGUAUCUCCUAUUUCCUGAAUAAAUAAAAUAAGAAUAAGAAAUUUAGAAGAUAUUUUAAAAUUUCGAUAGAGACAAUUCAAGUAUUGCAAAAUUAGUAAACAAAGAAAACCUUGACAUUAUUGAAAUGUAUGAUAUGUUUUAAAAAUAUGGAUUUAAAGUUACAGAAUAAUAACUUCAACACUUCUUUUAAGUGGUAGACAAAGACAAAGAUAGUAAAAUUUAUUAUUAUUAUUAAUUUAUAGAUGCAUUAAAUUGGAAUGAAUUCAAGAAUUCUGUAUUUGAUGAAUAAGCAUCUAAAAGUAAUGAAAUCUUAUAUCAAUAUAGUAUUUUAUAAUAUAAUCAAAUAAAUUAGAGAAUAAGAUUAAUAAGAAUCUUAAAGUAACUUUGGUUAUAUUCCAUUUCAUUUUAAUGAAAUGAUAAGUUAUUUAAAUUAUCUAACUAGUAGAGAUGAAUUAUAAAAAUCAAUCUAGGUAUUAAUAAGAUUAUCUAAUAGGAAGAAUCAUAAACAACAUUUGAAAAAUUCUAAAAAUAUUUGUCAUUAUUACAAUUAAAUUAAAUAUAAAUGUAAAAUAUUAACAAUUAAACUUUAAUAAAUAUCAAUGCAUAAGAAAAUUAGAAUCAAACUUAAAAAGAAAUUGAUUUCACUAAAAUUUAUCAAAAUAAAUAUUAAUCAUCAAAAAGUUCAUGUAAUUAUUAUAACUUAAUAUAAAGACUUAAAUAGAAAAGAUUUACCUUAAUUAUAAAAAUUGAAAUCUGAAAAAAAGAGUCCAACACAUUCACUGUUAUAAUUAAAUAAAAGUAUAGAAAGUUCUAAAAUAAAUCUGUAAAAUUCAAUCAGUUUUCAUCCUAUUUGUAAAUUAAAUAAAUGUUAAACCUAAUCAAAUUCAAAUAACAAAAGUUUAUAAACAAUGAAACCUUAACAAUUAAAAUUAAAUUAAUCUCCUACUAAACAAAAGAAUUUUACACAUAAACCUUAUUUAAAUUUGAAUUUAAAUAAAAUUAACUAAAAUUAUAGGGAUUAAUUCUUAAGUUAAUAAUAGAUGAAUUCUAAAGAUAGUUAUGGAAAAAGUCCUGAUCGACUUCCAAUAACAAUAUUAUAAGAAUUAUAAAAAUAUAAACUUUUAUCUGGAUAAUAUAAAAAAAGAUCUUAGAGCAUAGAAAAGGAUUCUCCUGAUUGUGAAACUCAAUGUAAUAAUCUUAAAACUGAAUAUUCCAUAUUUAGAACAUCAACAGAAAUACUGAGUUAGAGCAAAUAAGUUUCACCAACAAAUAGUAAAUUAUGUACCCCAAGGUUAUGGAAAGAUGAUAAAUAAAUAAGCGCAAGAAAGUCUCAAAUUAAAUAAAUUCAAUUGAACUUUUCACAACAGAAUCAAAAAGAAAAAAAAUUAGAUAUAACUCUAAAAGGAAAGUCUAUUUUGUUUAAGUGA